UCAAAAUGGAGAAUCGGCUCUGAAACGAUUAGUUUUGUAAGUAUUAUAGCGAGAUGGACCAGUUAUUACUGGACGCAAAACGCUUAGCAUGUCGUCUUCGUGAGCAUAAUGGCUCAGCGGAUGCACUCAUUAGUCAAGCAAAUGGUCUUCACUGUAAAUUGGAUGCAAUGAAGCAGUACCAUGACUUGGUCAGUGAUCUAAAUGAAGUGGCAAAUCGCAGGCCACGCAGCACACUUAUCUUGGGCAGUCAAGAAGAAAAUGCCCGUAUAAGGGAAUUGCAACAAGAAAAUAUCGAGCUUCAGACAUCAGUAGCAGAAUAUCAGUCAGCUUUGGAGCUUAUCAUGGCAAAGUACAGGGAUCAGGUUUCUCAACUUAUCAAAGCAAAUAGACUUGAUGCCAGUUGCAUGAAACUGAACAAUUACAAGGAAUUACAGGCCAAGACAGAGCAAAUAUGUGAAAUGGCUGCUGUUAUGGCACAAGCAAUCUACAUAGAUGAUGAAGCUAUUCAACAGGAGCAAGAAAAAAUGGCUUCUAUUGAGUCAGAAAACAGAGGCCUGAGAGAAUUGUUAAAGAUUAGUGGAAUACCAUAUCCUGAAACAACAGGAAAUGAAGAGAAAGCUUUGCCUGAUGGCCAGCCAGACGGUCAGGAAACUUCUGCAGAUUGAUUUAUUUUUUAUUGUAUUGUUGGCUGUGAUCUAGGCUUUCAGGUGUUGUAAAAACAUAUUUAGAUUUCCCUUGAUUGAAAAUACAGAUGCACAUGUAAUAUGCAGACUGUGAAAAUACAAUGAAAGAAAUUCA